AUGGAACAGCUCACCGUGGUCGCUCAUCACAGCAAGAGUAGUACUCACGAGCCGGCAGAAGAAGACGUCAACCUGAUCCGAGAGAAUGUGCAGGCCAAAGUGUCCAAGCUUCUGUGGUUCCUGAUUGUCCUCACCAUCCUCUCCUCCACUUUUCUCUUCUCUCUCGACAACACCAUCGUGGCCGAUGUCCAGUCGCCCAUCGUGCAGCGGUUCGGAGAGGUCGGGAAGCUGAGCUGGCUCGGGGUGGCCUUCGUCCUUUCAGGCUCGGCCACCAUUAUCACCUGGGGCAAGUUGUACGCCAUUUUCAGCGCCAAGUGGCUGUAUCUAUCGUCCGUCGUCCUUUUCGAGGCAGGCAGCGCCCUCUGUGGUGCAGCACCGAAUAUGAAUGCCUUCAUUGUGGGCCGUGCAGUGGCAGGCUUGGGAGUAAGUCACAAUCCCUUUCCCUCUGAAAUCACCUUGACGGGGGUGACACUGACCGGUCCCGAUGUCCCACCAUCGACUAUAGGGCGCCGGUAUGUACCUUGGCUGCUUGACCCUGCUGUCGCUCACCACAUCCGUCCGUCAGCGACCCCAGUAUAUGGCAUUGACGGGAAUCAAGUAGGCGGGGCGUUCUCUCAGAACUCGCAUACCACCUGGCGCUGGGCAUUUUACAUCAAUCUCUGUAUCGGUGCCGCUUUUGCGCCAGUCUAUAUUUUCUUCUUGCCGACCGGCGACCCGCAGAAGGAGGUCAGCCGAUCGGAGAAGUUCUUGCAGAUUGACUACCUCGGAAUGGUCUUGAAUGUUGGUGCGUUCACAGCCCUCACGAUGGCCAUUAACUUUGGUGGAAAUCUCUAUGCCUGGGGGGCCGGUCAAGAGAUCGGAUUGUGGGUUGCAGGGGGUGUACUCCUCGUCCUUUUCAUCUUGCAGCAAAGAUCCAAGAUUGGUACGACCACUUGGGAGCGAAUAGUUCCGGCGGAUUUCCUACGCAAUCCAUUGAUGUGGAUAUUGUUUGCGCUGAUGUGUGCUGCUUCGACUUCUGUUUUUGUGCCUACAUAUUAUAUUCCCCUCUACUUCCAAUUUGUCCGAGGAGACUCUGCCUUGACAGCUGCCGUCCGUCUGCUUCCAUUCAUUAUCCUCAUGGUCUGCUUUGGCUUUCUCAAUGGUGGGCUCAUGUCCAAAUUCGGAUACUACAUGCCAUGGUAUCUAGCUGGUGGUAUCUUAACAACAACCGGGGGAGCCUUGAUGAGUACAAUUGACGAACACAGCAAUGUAUCUCAUGUGUAUGGCUACUCAGCACUGAUCGGGAUUGGCGCCGGCAUGUUCAUCCAGGCCGGGUUCUCCGUCGCUCAAGCUAAGGUGUCCACCUCCCGAGUCGCGGAUGCCACAUCAUUUAUUGCACUGGCCCAAAACCUUGGUAUUGUCCUUGCUUUGGCUAUUUCAGGCGCCGUUUUUCAAAACAAGGCCGUUGAUGAUCUUCAAAUAAUCCUUCCGAACAUCCCUCGCGAGGAGCUUCGUGGUGCCAUCUCUGGUACUGGGAGCCUUCUUUUCGAACAUCUCUCUGAAUCAACAAGAACACAAGUGGUACACGCUGUGGUGGAAGCGAUGGCCACCACAUACUACCUUGUUGUGACUGCGGGUUCCAUGGCUGUCCUGGGAUCCCUUUUUAUGAAGCGGGAGAAAAUAUUCAUCCAGGCUGCUGGUGUCGCGUAG